AUGGCCAAGAAGACCGACUGGCGCUUGCCUGUGGCCUGUGUGAAGUACAACAUUGGCUCCUUUCUUGCGGUUUUCUCACUGGGCCUCCUCGGCUUCUGGCAAAACCCUGCGUGGGCAGACUGUCCAGGCCUUGAGGAGAGCUCAUCCUUCCGGCUCCGCCGUGGCUUAAACGAAGCCCUGAAGGAAUGGAGCUCUUCUCAGACACAGGGCAAAGAGGACCUUGACAACUCGCUUGAGGAAUCGCAGGAGGACAGUGUUGAAGACUCGGAAUCGGAAAUCCCAAAGCAGGAUCCGGCCGAGGACUCGGAAGGCCAAGCCGUGAAGCCCGCGAGCACUCCAGAGCCGGCACCAGUGAGUGCCGGUUCUCCUGUAGUUGACAUUGCGCCUGCUCGUGCUGCAGCACAUGCCCCUGCCCAAGGCAAGUCGAAGUGGGUGUUCUGCGCAGGACAGUGGCAGGAAUGCACCUGUGAUGGUGUAGUGCGGUGGGGAAACAACGACAAGUGGCUCUACAUCAAGCCGAAAGCAGCCGGGGAACUUCUCACGGUAAAGUGCAGCAUCCAGGUCCUGAACGAUAUUCUUCCAGGCGAUGAUGGCAAGCAUUGCGAAUGUCAGGUGACGCCGGGAACGCCUUUCUACCAAGGACUGAACCCCAUGUGGCUGCUCCCGGAAGAAGCCGAAGCUGAGGGUGCGGCUUUGGUAUCGUCUUGCGACAUCUUUGAGUUGGCCAAGGACAGAGGCCUUUGGGGUCGCAACCAGUGGCGGGCAGUCGAGGCGUUUUGCUCUGAAGAUUGGACAGAAACAGCAGACUCCCGUGCGGGCGACAGGCAGAUGAGCCUGGACAUCAUGCGUAAAUUGAUGCAGGCUCGAGUCGAUCCGCGUUUCAAGGAUGCUUACAAGGCUCACUUCGCCCAAUCUGGUGAGAUGCGGGGCUGGACGCCGAAGGCUUAUGUCAACUAUUUCGCGAGUACUCCAUCCGGGAAGCACGCGAAGAUGACAGAAGAGCUUGUUCGAUCCGUACACCGCUUCUCCAAGAAGGUGAUCAUUGUGGUGAAUUUCGGCAUGACGACGUCAGCGAAGCUUACCCCAGAGCGAUAUCCUCGCCUGAUUCUGCUGCAUGCUGAUCCGAUGGAUUCCGCAUUGAAGAGAAGCUUCAACUUUAACAAGCUUCGUGCCUUCCUCUUUGCACGGGCUUUGGCAGGGGUUGGCUUAGACUCCGACCAGUUUGUCGCACCCGGCGUCGACCAACUCUUCGAGAUGACUGAGCGAGAGAUCACUGCAAACUAUCCACUCCCCAUCAUGCCAGUUCACUUCCUGGACCGAGGACCCAAGGAUCUAGGCGUCUGGUGGAGCCGAUACUGUGUUGAUACA